CCCGCCUACCUGGGGGAACCUGCUCGAGGUGAGGCUGGCGCGUCUCGGGAUGCGAGGCGGGCGGGGGCAGGCUGAAAGUUGGAGCAAGCAGGAAGUGAAGCGAGGGCCGCCCGGGAGGAAACAGACUAGGCGAGUCCCGUCGCGGACAGGCCCGAGCCGCCGGGAGACAUGGAGGAGACCAGUGGAGGUGGGGGACAUGAUCAAGUGCGGAACCUGCAGAGUGAGGUGGAGGGUGUCAAGAAUAUUAUGACCCAGAAUGUGGAGCGGAUCCUAGCCCGAGGAGAAAACCUGGAACAUCUCCGCAACAAGACAGAGGAUCUGGAAGCCACCUCGGAGCACUUCAAGACCACAUCGCAGAAGGUGGCUCGGAAGUUCUGGUGGAAGAACGUGAAGAUGAUUGUCCUCAUCUGCGUGAUUGUUUUUAUCAUCAUCCUCUUCAUCGUGCUUUUUGCCACCCAUGCCAUCCCAACUUAGGGAGCCCCUCGCCCCCGCCCUCCUCUUCAGGGCAACCCUCCACAGCGGGUGCCAAGAAGGGUCCUCUCUCCCAUCCUUGCCCACAGGGAGUGCUGCUGCGUCCUCCUGCCCCUCACUCAGGGGCCCCUCUACCACACUGUCUGCCCCAGGCUCCUUGGCCCCCCAGAAGGAGAAAGCUGGACUGUGGCUGUGUUUCAUGGGCCCCCAGAGUUGGUUGGAGACACACCCAGAAAGCCCAGCCUGUGGCUGGGAAACGGAUGGUGGCCGGUGGGCAAUAAAGACCUUUCGGUAUCCCUACA